AAUGAAGAGUUGGAUGCUCAACUGACUGAGCUAUCCAGAUGCCCCUUGGGUUGCGUUUUAGAUAGGAUUUCCAUGUUUGGAGCUAGAAGACAGUCUGUGUAUUGGCUCAGUCUACCAUAUUGCCUGGAAUUUGUCCUUUCUUAUUGGAUAAUGAAAUGUGACCACAUUAGACAUAUUUUAUAAAUUUUAAACCAUUAUUGCUUGCCUUUGCUCAUUCCAAUUUCCUUUAUUUUAUAAAAAAAUUUUACAAGGAUCAGAUUGGGGGGAAAAAAGAAAGCAGAAGAAAACAAUGUAAAAGCAGGACCUAGGUGACUGAAGAUCUGUUUGAUGCUCUUGAUGGGAGAAUGGAAACCUCCAAGUGUUGUCUGUGCUGAAGAACAGGGUACACAGAGUUGUGCCUACCAUCAGUUCCACUCAUUCUGGGUCCCCCAGUUGAGUGACUAGUCACAUACAUGCAAGCAGGAGCCAUGUGGCUUUUUCCCUCUGGAGCUCAACAUGUAUACCAUAUUUCAUUAGAUAUGGUGAAAGAAGGAAAAUAAGAAAUUGUGCCCUUACAGCAAGUUUGAAGUGACAGAUAAUCUGGUAGAGAGUUUCAAAAGAUAGUGAAGGUUAUAGGCUAUGGGUAUCAACCACUGGUAAAGAGAAGAAAAUGAUGGGGGUUAUUUAUCACUGGAAUUACAUGUUUAGAUACCUGUGUCUUAGAGAAGAAUAUGCCUCUGGCGUGUAAGUUGAAUUGGAGGGAAUGUACAGCUGGUUGAUAGACCAGAUGAGAAGCUAGUCCUGUUCCAGGACUAUUCUAAAGAUAUUUAAAAUUUUUACUGAGUGGUUACUACUAUGUUCCAGGCACUGUGCCAAAUGCUUUAUGUUUGCUCACUCAUUUAUUUCCUAUGAUGCAAGAAUGGUUACCAACUACUCUACCUUAUACAUGAAGAAACUAGGGAAGAGAGUGAUUUAGCAACAUGCCCAUGGGCACAUGGGUAGUACACAAUGGAGGUGGGAUUUGAAUCUGCAUAACUCCAGAAUCUAGACCCUUAACCAAAACCCUAAUACUAAAUUAGGUUGAUAAUGUACAAGCAGGUUGAGCAUCCCCACAGGAAAUCAGAAAGUUGAGUCUGGAGCCAAGAGAGAGACUAGGUUAGAAGAAAGGGUAUGAGGUCAACUGCCUGGAGGUUAUGGUUGAGAGAGUUAUGGGGAGUCCUCACCCCUAAUCUUUAAGUGGGCAUGUUUUAUGACCCCAAAGUAGGCAGCCAGAGAGCAGGAGCAGCUGGUUAUGUCAAGCAAGCAAACCCAGAUGGGAAGAAGAAUGGGAGGCAGGUUCAAAGGCUCACCUCUGUUGGAGGUUUCAUAUGUUGGGAUUGGCUUUCAUGGAGGCUUGGGGUAUGAUCCAAACAUUGUAUUGCCAUUAGAUGAAGCACAAAUCAGCAGAUUUCCCAUGUUGUUCUUAGUCCAUUCUCUGAAGUAUCUCUUGUCCUUCUUCUCCUGUUUCUAAGUAGGGCUUCAAAUUAGGAAGUGUCUAGGAGAAGAAAAAGGAAGUAAAUGAGAGAGAAACACAAAGGAAACUUGAACAAGUAGAAGGUGGAUGCCCUAGGCUCUGUCAUAAACACCUGGAUUCCAGCUGGGACUUGGAUUUGCUGGCGACACUAGCCAGAGAGACGGGACCAUGUGGCUGUCCCCAGCUCUGCUCCUUCUCUGCCUCUCAGGCUCUUUGUCCCUGACGGGCCCCAGCUCUGUGACAGGCACCUUGGGUGGCUCUCUGAGUGUGCAGUGUCAGUAUGAGGAAGAGUACCAGAGUUAUAAAAAAUACUGGUGCCGAGGGCAGAAUGAGGGCACAUGUGACAAUAUUGUGGAGACCCAGGGAGAAGCGAAAGAAAAGAAUGGUCGCGUGACUAUCAGAGACCAUGCUGAUCGCCUCACCUUCAUCGUGACCAUGGAGAACCUCACUGCAGACGAUGCUGGAUCCUACUGGUGUAGAGUUCGGAAAACAUGGUACCUGGGCUUCUGGUCAUCUGGCACUUCAGUCCAGGUUAAGGUGUCUGUUUCCCCAGCACCAAGUAAAACCGCAGAGGAGACCACAUGUCAAGCUGCAUCUGACAUCUUUCCGGGGCUGAGUACCAAGCAGAACUUCAGUGCUGAGGAAGUGUUGAUCCACUGCUCGGGGUCCUCGUCCAGCAGCGUCCACUUGCUACUCCUGGUCUUCCUGAAGCUGCCCCUGUUCUUGACAUUGGUGGGUGCUGUCCUCUGGGUGAACAGGCCUCUGAAGGGCACUGGAGGAAGUCAGCCUGACAAAGAGAAGCCAUCACGUAGUGCACCGUCCCCAGGAAAGCCUUGUCCAGGAAUACAGCCCUUCAGACCAGAUAGAAGAGACCUUCAGACUCUGGACUCCAGGGCAGGGGGGCAGCAGUCCCUGGAUUCUGGAGGCACCUAAGUCUUCUGGAGAUAUUGUUCCUGUGUCUCAAGGGAGAAUCCUGGGUCUUGGAUGACACUUGCUGCAAGUGCUCAGGUGCAGGAAGGAUGAGUCUCCUGGGCCAGUGUUUGGGGUCCUCCUCUCUCUAUCCCAGAUCCCUUGGCCCCUUGCUUUUAUGCCUACCUCUCAAGGGCAAGAAUUCUCUAGAGGUUACUGGAAAGUCCAGCCCUUUACUCUUUUCAUUGCCACAAAAGCUCCUCAGCUCAGUGUCUCCCAGGGUAAUAACCACCUCCUCCCCGUAGCCAGGAGGCUCCCUGAGGACUUACCCCUCAUAGUCUCAGUCUUUGGGCUCAAUAGGGCUUCAACCUCACUUGUGUCCCUGUGAUCAGGGAAUGUACGCUGUGCUCAAACAUCUCUGCCUGGGCCGGCCAUGACUGAAGAGCUUUCGGUUAAAGCCCUGGAGCUGGUUGGAGCUGCAGUGGGUGCCCCCAAUAUCACUCCCAGAAUUCUCCACCUUGGUGGGCCUCCUGCACACAGGGCUGGUGGACAGUCCACUGUAGCAGAAGUGUGGCUGAAGCCACCUGUCAACAGUUGGUGCUUUCCAUAGGAGAAGCAGACAGUUUUCUAAAGACAAGGACACAGAGGUGAGGAGUACCUCCCCACAUCAGGUUGACAUGAUGCCACAGCCACCACGGGGCACACCAGCCCUGGAAAGGGCUUCUGU